GCUAGGUGGACUAGGUCACCGCCCAUGCCCAUCUUCAAUCAAUUAAAUAGAUUACAGUGAAGGUGAUGAUGAGUUGUACGUGUUUUUACUUAUGCGAGAAUACUAGGUGGAUGAUUGAGCAACACUCGUCUUUGAUGACUGUGUAAUUUUUGUCAACAAGAGUUUGUACUCUCAUCUUCCCAAGAAAAAAAAUGAUGAACGCGGCUAGGAUCGCUCGUCGUCCCAUCUCGUUCUGCCUCUGAUUCCUGCCUCUCUGCGUCCUCCGCUAACAUUUUGUUGUUGUUGUAGCAGGCUUGAAUCGCGACCGCCAAAAGAGUGCUGAUAUAAUCGCACGCAGACACUUGGGCAUAAUUCAACACACAACCAUUGCGAUCACACUCGCCGGACAUUCAUACGAAGAUAGCAAACUCGCCAACAACAUGGACAGGAACAUGAAGAAGAAAAUGAAGCAGAACUACACAACGAUAUUUCUAAAUGCACAAAGGACUACGACUAGAUGAGCAAGGAGAUGGAAGAAGAAGACCAGUAGACAAGAAAAAAAUAAAGUAGCCGUACUAGGUAGGGAGGAGCGGUCGCAGAGCAGGAGCAUUAGGGCGGAACGAACUACGUGAUACUGACAUUGAUCAUUCUAGAAAAUUAGUGAAGGCCAAGGCGGCACACAUCAACAUGGACAUGAAAGAAACGGAUAGUGCGGCAGGCGCCGCGCAACAUGACGGAACAAGAAGUACUGGAGGAGGUAGGUCCUCUGUUACUAAGAAUCUUCAGGUUGGACAACACGAUGAUGAUUCCUUGAGAAUAAAGACACAACAUCCUGGAUCUAGUACGGCAACGCGAAUUAAAUCUGGAUCUAGUGGUCCUAGUACGACCUGUAGUAAAAUCAAUCGGGAAGCAGGCCUGUGUAGUAGCAGGAGCUGCCCUUCGAGGAGACGAGCAGAAGAAGAGCUGCAUGUCCUCGUGGGCGGUAUGACGACGAAGAUGAAACUGGAAGACGGAUGCGUUGGUCGUGCCUUCUGUACGAGAAUACCCUUGCUAGCACGAGAAGCACAACAAGAAGCGGUCGAGCUCUCUCACAUUCCUCAGGAGAAGGUCGGUCACGGUCUGAGAAUACGAAACGUUCCAGCACUGCGAAAGAAUAACGAUGAUGCUUGCGUUGACGUCGUAGGCUGCUCCUCAGUAAGCUCAUCUUCAUUUGACGAUUUUUCGGUUGAUACGAAUUCACCCGUAGUUCCAUCCAGGAGGACUAGACCCGCAUGUCCUCGUAGUGGUCAUCUAUCUUCCUUAUCACAGGAUUCUCUUGAGCUCCAGCGGAAGAUGAGAAGUAAGACGAAGCCAGAGUCUUUCCCCGUUACAACGAGCCCCGACAGCUCGCAGGAACCAUCGCCAUCCUCACCCUCCAAGAGUUUCUUUAGAAAGAACUUUGUGUCAAAAUUCCUGUCAACCUCUUCUUUUUUCAUCAUCGCGUCAAUAACCACAACUUGUACAACAUUUAGUAGUCUUGCCGCACCAGCUGCCGCGCCGCCCCCUCCACCCGCAGAUGCGCUACCCUACGAUCUGAUCAUGCCACAGCUGCGGAAUUUGAGUCAAUUGGACAUAGACUCGGGAAGCGGCCUGGGAGACAUAUCGAAAAGCACAUGUUGGGUCGGGCAAUUCACUGCUGACGCGUGCUGUCGGGAACAUAAUCCAGUGUGCUGGGACGAACAGAUGACGAUGGGAGAGUGUAGAGACUAGUAAUACAGAUGACGAUGGGAGAGUGUAGAGACUAGUAAUACAGGAGGACGAGAUGGAAAUUAUUGGAACAACAGCCAUCAUUCUUUCGAAAGGCAUUUUUACUGUCCUCUAGACUGCUGAAACGUCAUCUUCAUCUCCUAUCCACCUACUCUCACAUUGAACCGCCUUCAACUCUCAGGUUGUCCCAAGAAGGCGGAUUGCUAUCCUUCAUCUUCCACUAUCAGGUUGCCCCAACGCGGAUUGCUGGGAAGGUUCUUACAACUAUGA